CAAUAACAUGUCCACCCACGCACUGCUCGCGUCAUCACAACGCCAUUGUCGCAACAUCCGCUGACUGCUACUCUGGAACAGUUCCAGAAAAGAUCCUGAAAGGAAAGAGCUACUGCAUACCAUCUAGCGUAGACCCAACACAGCAAGACACGAGCACCCCCCAAGCUACCAUCACCUUCUCUCAGUACUACCAUCACCAUCUCUCAGUACUACCAUCUACAAGCACCCAAAGAAAAUGUCAGCUUAUCUGAUCGUGUUGCUGGCCUGUGUUGUAGCCGUGUGUCACGUGGUGUUCGCUGCUCCCGUAAGUCAGGAAGUUGACGUCAAAAAACGAAGUGUGGACUCAGUGGAGAAACAACCCCAAGAACAAGAAGAUGAUUUACGUGACCUGCUCAGUUUGGUUGGCAAAGAAUCGCACCAGAACAAUGUAGUAGUGCACAAAGAGCAGGUCUCACACUUGGAAAACAAAGGGGGCGAGAAGACCAAAGUAGAGGAGAAGGAAGAGAAAGUGGUAGAUGCAAAGACAGGAAACGUUAUUGCUGACGUCAAACAGACCGUAAAAGAAGAAAGUUCCGGAAGCGCCAAGCCCGAGACGAUAGUAAAAACUAAAGUGGACAUUCCUUCAGAGGGGAUCCACAAGACCUUCGUCGAGGAAGCUGGCAGUGAUGGCGUGCAGGCACCAGAACCUGAGCUGACACCUGCAGACAUGGCCGAGUACCUGUACACAACCCAACAGUUCGAGGCCUUCUACUCGGCACUGGACAGGCUGGUCAACCAAUCCAAGAUGUCACCAGAAGAUGCUGAGAUCUACGCCAAAACUGUCGCUGUUGAAUACGAGAGGCUGCAGCUUGCAGAUUUUGAAGAGAAAGUUUUCGCUGAGAAGAGAAUGUACCCUAAGUACGCUCUACCUGAGGACGUGUACAUCCCCAACUCUAACCUUGACCUACUGAGCAGCCCAAAUAUGGCUAACGAAGAGCUUAUUGCAAUGAAUGAGUUGGCUGGUUAUCCUUAUGAUGUGAGCCCGGCUGAGCAGUAUCUGAUGCAGCAGCAGGAAAUUGCUAAUCUUGGCAACGAGAUCAACCUCAAUGAAUUUUUGACAGCUCUGUGGAACGAGGCUUAUGGGAAAGGAAACGAAGAGGCACAAGAAAUAGUUCGAAUGCUUUAUGAACGCGUUAGCCAGGACAAUAAUCCAGAUGACAUUGGCCAAAUCAGGGACAUUUUAGUUCAAACAGUCGCUGAUACAUUGAAUGAUAAAGCUGCUGUGUUACCUACUGAUGAAGACAAAGUUUUGAAACCAGCCCAAAAACAGCUCUUGAAAGAAAAAGUAGAAGCUGUAAAAAGCCUGGAGAAGGAAGAGGAACUCAAGAAACUGGCAACAUCCAAGCUGGUGCAGGAAGUCAAGAAUGAUGUCAAACAGACAGAGAAACUUCAAGAUGCUAAGUCAAAAUCACAGAAACUAUAACUUCCACACGUCAUGAAGACUUAUCAAGAAAUAAAUUUAAAUGAACGGAAAAAGUUGAAAUAUUUUUUUAGGAAACUUGAAAAAUUCACACAUUAAAUUUAAAAAUCUAGAAACAAUUGUCAAACCUACUUGGCAAAAAACUUCUGUGUCAGAAUUUUUAAAAGAGUUCAAUGCUCAAAUCUAUUUUUGAAUUUCUAUUAAUCAAUAUAAAAAAAAUAAUUUUUAAAAACUGAAGUUUUUUCAAAAUGUUACCAAAACAUGUCAGCAUUUAUUUUGAUGUUUCAACCUAAAGGUGGUUUAAUAUUCAAAAUGUAACAUAAAAAAAAAUGGAUUUUGAGAAAUUCAAGCACAUUCUAUCGACAGCUAUCAAUAAAAAAGCUUGUUAUUUUAAAGUUAUUUAUUAUUUAUUUUAUGAAAUGGUCUAAAUUUAAAAAAAAAAAGAAAAUGGACAAAUAUUUAUUGAGAAAUUUUAAUUUUUUAAUGAAUUUUGUUUUGGUUACAUUGUCUAGAUCUAGAUCUAGAUCUAGCUAGUAAAAACCAAGACAAAAAAGAAAUAAUAUCCAGGAAACUGUAAAUUUAAAUUUCUUGUCUAUCGUACCACCACCCUUGUUUGUACUUUUAUAUUGCUACAUAGAAUCUAGUACAACAUGCUUUUUUUUUAAAAAAACAAUGUGUACUUAAGAUUUUUGUAACUGACUCCAAAAAGAGCUAAAAAAUAUCAAUUUGAGUAGAAUCUACAUGUACAUAAAACAUCUGAAUUGUUAAUAGCUGACACUGAUUAACUCCAGCACAAAAACAUGUAGUGGUCAAAUUGACUGGAAAUACCAACAUUUUAUCGUGUACUUUCUGGCCAUGAUAUCAUUUAUCGAGUACUUUCUGACCAUGCUAUUUGGAUAAGAGUGUUUAUACAUUCCCCCCCCCCCCCCCCUCAACUCUUCAGCCUCCAUUAGUGCGCUGCAUUUGUUACUUGAGAUAAAAGUUAAUCUAAGUUAACACUCAAUCUGUCAGCUAAUUACCUACACGUUUAUAAUGUUAAACUCUGUUGAAUUUGACAAAAUGGAUAGACAGUUACACAAUAAUAACUGUGUUUUUAUGUCAUGAAUUUCAAAAGAAAUGUCACAACUAAAUGAUAGUUUAUUAUAUUGUGUUUGGCUUUUAGUUCUAACAUUUUACCAUUUGCAUCGCUGCUUCCUAACAGAAUGUCUAAUGAACAGUAAGAAAAAAAUGUAAAAGGUGUUCCCUCAAAUUCUGCUGCUUGUUUGUUAGUGUUGUGUUGUACUUUCUUUCUGCCAUUUUGUCAACAGCGGGUUGGUUGUCAUUCUCAGUCAAUUUGUGUCAACAUGAUAAUGAGAUUAUCACAGAUAAGGUUAGACAACCAUUCACAGAUAAGGCUAGACAACCAUUCACAGAUAAGGCUAGACAACCAUUCACAGAUAAGGCUAGGCAACCAUUCACAGAUAAGGCUAGGCAACCAUUCACAGAUAAGGCUAGACAACCAUUCACAGAUAAGGUUAGACAACCAUUCACAGAUAAGGCUAGGCAACCAUUCACAGAUAAGGCUAGACAACCAUUCACAGAUAAGGCUAGACAACCAUUCACAGAUAAGGUUAGACAACCAUUCACAGAUAAGGCUAGACAACCAUUCACAGAUAAGGCUAGGCAACCAUUCACAGAUAAGGCUAGGCAACCAUUCACAGAUAAGGUUAGACAACCAUUCACAGAUAAGGCUAGACAACCAUUCACAGAUAAGGCUAGACAACCAUUCACAGAUAAGGCUAGACAACCAUUCACAGAUAAGGUUAGACAACCAUUCACAGAUAAGGCUAGACAACCAUUCACAGAUAAGGCUAGACAACCAUUCACAGAUAAGGCUAAACAACCAUACCAAAUCUAGAGCUUGUCUAGUAAUUUCAAAAAAAAUAUUUGACGGAUGUUUUCAAAACCUUACAUCAGCUUGAGAAAUUGGCUUAGUCACUUAAUACAGAGGGGCAGUUGACAUUAGGUUGAUGACAUUUACUUUACAGUGAUUGGGAUAGUUGACAUCAGCUUGAUGACAUUUAUUGUACAGUGAUUGGGAUAGUUGACAUUAGCUUGGUGACAUUUAUUGUACAGUGAUUGGGAUAGUUGACAUUAGCUUGAUGACAUUUAUUGUACAAUGAUUGGGAUAGUUGACGACAUUUAUUGUACAGUGAUUGGGAUAGUUGACAUUAGCUUGAUGACAUUUAUUGUACAAUGAUUGGGAUAGUUGACGACAUUUAUUGUACAGUGAUUGGGAUAGUUGACAUUAGCUUGAUGACAUUUAUUGUACAGUGAUUGGGAUAGUUGACAUCAGCUUGAUGACAUUUAUUGUACAGUGAUUGGGAUAGUUGACAUUAGGUUGAUGACAUUUAUUUACAGUGAUUGGGAUAGUUGACAUUAGCUUGGUGACAUUUAUUGUACAGUGAUUGGUAUAGUUGACAUUAGCUUGCUGACAUUUAUUGUACAAUGAUUGGGAUAGUUGACGACAUUUAUUGUACAGUGAUUGGGAUAGUUGACAUUAGCUUGAUGACAUUUAUUGUACAAUGAUUGGGAUAGUUGACGACAUUUAUUGUACAGUGAUUGGGAUAGUUGACAUUAGCUUGAUGACAUUUAUUGUACAUUGAUUGGGAUAGUUGACAACAGCUUGAUGACACUUAGCUACAGACAGCCUUAGAGAUUUCAGUUGGUGUCGGUGUAAAAUCAACUUUCAGUGAAAAUAUUUGCAUCAGUUACGAGACAAUUUUUUUUUUUUUUCUAAUCGUAUACCCCACACCACGAAAUUGUUAUUAAAAAAACUUUCGAACGAUCCAAACAGAAGGUGGUGGCUAAUGUGUCAAUCAAAACAAAAAUUUCCUGUACCUCCUUGAAAACAAAUUAAAACGAAAUACAUAGAAAUAAUUUUAAGUAAUCUCCAUCUUCAUAUUUAACAUCAGUAGUUCACUAAUUUUCAAAAUUUAGUUUCAAUAACUUGAAAGACAAAAACUCAAUAAAUAUUUUUCUAUGUAAAUAGAACAAUAGCAGGCCCCAUAUGUUAAACAAGGAAAAACUAUUUUAAGAAACCAUUCAGCACAUUCAUUUAAAAUCAAUGAACAUGAGAUUUUAAAAAUCCACAAUGUUUCACCAAUGUUGAUUUCUUGUCUGCAUGUCGUUGUGAAUACUUUCUAUCAGUUGUGUUCUCUCUUUUGGCAAACAAAUAUUGUCAAUGAAAACUGGCAUCUACUUUUUGUGGUGGGGGUAAUCUUCUAUUCGUUUACUAUUUUUGUAAAGCAUUGUUUUUCCAUUUGUGGAUUACUUUGUUUUCUCCCUUUUUAAGUUGAAAUGUAAAUAAAUCAAACCACAAACUCAUGUUGAAAGAAAAAUUAAUUUGACUGCCUCACUUGUAAAAUGAAGAAAAAUAUGACAAAGCUUAUUUUAAGAAUAAAAUGUUUUGUUUCGUCAA